AUGGAGGCUAUAACCAAAUGGUCUUCGAGAUGUGAGUCCCCUGAUGUUUCUGGAGCGGCUUUUCUUAUGCAGAGAGAACUUCAAUGGUUUCAAGCAUUGGAAGUUAGCAGCUUUUCUUCUAAAUGGCUGAAAUAUAAAGAAAAUAGAAAGUCAUACUGGAAAAAGUUUGUAGAACAGCACAAAGAAUUGCUCAAAGAUGCAGGGCAAUGGAUGAAGGAUACAUCAUCAUCUUGUAGCCUUGUUGCAACUCUAAUUAUUACGGUAGCUUUUGCUGCAACUUUUACGGUGCCUGGAUGCAACGACAGUAGUAAGGGGAUCCCAAUAUUUCUGAACAAGGGUUCAUUCAUGGUAUUCAUAGUUGCAAAUGCUCUUGCUCUCUUCUCCUCUGUCACUGCCACAUUGAUGUUCUUGGCCAUUCUAACUUCGCGCUAUGCGAUCAAAGAUUUCCUCUACUCACUACCAAGAAAAAUGAUUGUGACAUUCUGA